AUGAUCGUCAUACUUUGCAUGUGGCUACAAUUAACGCAGUUACGCUCCGAGUCAGCGAACUUUAUCUGCGGCAUCAUCCUUGAGCAUCAGAACUUCGGGCUCUUAUUCCUCUGCGCUGUCCAUCGGAGUUCAGAUCUCGAUACGUUCCAUGAAAAAUCGAUAUUGAACCCUAGCUCCCCGGUUGCGCUUGUUCAGCCCAUCCCGAGGGUUAUAAAGGGCUCGAAUUCGCUUGAGCCACCCGCUACAGAUGCUACAGGCAAAGUUCCGGUUCCGAGUGUGCUAAAUGUUCCCAAAUCUGCCAGCUCUAAGAUUGGGGGACUCUUCAUCUGCGAUUGUUGUCCUAAGAAGCCCAAGAAAUUCGACAAUCCAGACGAUUUACGAUCGCAUGAGAUGGAAAAGCAGUAUUCCUGCCAAUACUGCAACAAUCGCUUCAAGAAUAAGAACGAGGCUGAACGGCAUCAAAAUUCGCUCCACCUUCGACGUCAUUCCUGGUCUUGUGCCGCUCUUCAAGGAUUCCAAGCAGCAUUCCACGGCUCGGUAUCCCCAUCUUAUCAAACAAAUGCUGGCCCGUCGCACGACACAUGCGGUUAUUGUGGGGAGGAAUUCGCGAAUUUCCCUCGGCCAGACUGGGAUGCCAGAUUCGAGCAUUUGACCACAGUGCAUAAAUUUGGCGAAUGCAACAAUGCAAAGAAAUUCUUCCGCGCUGAUCAUUUCCGCCAACAUCUGAAGCAUAGCCAUGCUGGAAGCAGUGGCAAAUGGACCAAUAUCCUGGAGAAUGCCUGUAUGAAGGAAGAACAGCCUCCGGAGCCUCGAGAUAAAAUUCAAUCCAUGUCGAAUGCCGGAUCCUUGACAUCAAAUACGAUUGAUGAAGUUCUUACGGAACAAUGA